UAGCACCAGCUUGCGGAGCUGCAACCUACCCUACUAUAAACACCCUCAGCGCGAGAUUAACCGGCAUUUCUUCCUCGCAUUGCGUAACUCCUCUUUACCGAGUGCCGUUUAGUUAUAUUUCAUUCAAAAUUGUGUGCUUUUGAAGGUAAAUACAGGAUAUGGUUCACAAUAAAGUACAUGACUGACGUCCUUUCUGGUAACGUUAGGCAGCAGGUUUAAAGAGCCUUGCAGGGGGCAGUUGGUCUGCUGGGCGUGAAUGACAGAAGGAAGACCGUAGAUCGGAUCGCUUGCUAUGUACCUCUUGCAUGUGAAUAAUGUCCAGUGAUGGUGCCUUCUCAGACCCACAUAAUGCUCAAGUGGCAGGAGCACCUGAACAGCUCCUGGGCGGCGGAGGACAGCGUUCAGACAGCCACACGCCACGGAGCGGCAGCUCUCUAUGCAAAACUGGUUUACAACAAGGAGGUUGUGGGCUUGGCCCAACCAGUGCAGGACCUAAUGGGUCCACGCUUGCCUGACUUCCAGUACGAAUCCAGCGCUGAGGAGGAGAAGGAGGAAUAUCUGUCCGCGCUGCUCCACAGUCAGCGAUGCCUUGCCCACCGCAUGCUGGCGAGGACCCCCUUUGCCCUAUCCCUGCACCACAGACUGAUGGUCCUCCAGAGGGUGUUCUACGCCCUCCAUAGCAAGUAUCAUGACCGAUUCCGAGCACCGCUGCCUCCCCAGCCCUCAUCCUCCAGUGCAGAAGGGGGUGCUCUAGAGUCAGUGUCUGAGCCUUGGCCAGCAGGCAGUUCCCGUUCAAAGUCGGGCACAGAUGUUCUCAUUGAAAUGGGAGUCCGGACUGGGUUGAGUCUCCUUUUUGCCCUACUGAGGCAGAGUUGGCAGCGUGGGCGUCUUGAGAACCCACCAGACGUAGCACUGUGCAACGAGGUGCUGGCAACCGCGUCUUCAGUCCUGGCUGCCCUGCCUCCUCUUUCCUUGGCCAACGAGAACAAGAUCCCAACAGUGGGGCUUGACUGUCUUACGCAAGUUGGAGACUUUCUGAAGAAGACGGCGGUCAGCGGGUCCGGGGCGGAUCGGGCAGGUCGCAGGCUAUCCCUGGAGCUCCUCCUCUCGUUAGCCUUACAAAGAGGGUCCUUGCGCUUCCUUCUGGAGUGGGUGGAGGUGGCGCUGGCUGCCUCUGCUUCCUCUACCACGUCUAAAACAGUUGGAGUGGGUUACGAUCUGAUCCAUCAAACCCUGCAACAGAUGCGCCAGCACAUGGCUGUUCGUGGUGAAUCCGUCAAUACUCAGGUGCUGAAGAAGGAUGCAGAUGGACUCUGUAGCCUCUCACAUGUUGCUCUUUGCCUCUUUGAAGAGAUCUGCACCCUGGCCUCUAACUGCCUGUGCUCAUGCAGCGCGGGGUCUUCCUCUUCCUCUGGCUUGGAGAAUGAUGCUGUCAUGGUGUACGUGUGGGGCAGCAACAGCAGCCAUCAGCUCGCCGAGGGAACGCUUGAGAAGAUUUUACAACCCAAACUGGCUCAGGGCUUCAGCGAUGCACAAAUGAUUGAGGCAGGCCAGUACUGCACGUUCUCUGUAUCUGCCGAUGGGGCAGUGAAGGCUUGUGGGAAGGGUAGUUAUGGGCGGCUGGGACUGGGAGACUCUAAUAACCAAUCCAUGCCCAAGAAGCUGGUCCUGGAGCCGCCUCGUACCAUGAGGAAGGUGUCGUCUUCCAAGGGAUCAGACGGACACACGCUGGCUGUCACGGCGGAGGGAGAGGUGUUCAGCUGGGGAGAUGGAGAUUACGGCAAACUGGGCCACGGGAACAGCGCCACACAGAAAUACCCCAAGAUUAUACAAGGCCCGCUGUUAGGAAAGGUGGUGGUGUGUGUGUCUGCUGGAUACAGACACAGCGCUGCGGUGACUAAUGAUGGAGAGCUGUACACCUGGGGGGAAGGCGACUUCGGUCGACUCGAGAAAUCAUUUGCCAGGCAGUCGACAGGACGCCUGAUCCCUCAGACUGUUGUGUCAGAAGUUCUGCCUGUCUGUCUCAGUCUCGUUUCUCCUCUGUCGGCCGGUCAUGUAGGUCACAGCGACAGUCACAGUCGUAACGUGCCCACUCUGGUGAAGGACAUCAGUGGGGUCGGGCAAGUGGCCUGUGGCAGCUCUCACACCAUCGCUGUGGCUCAAGAUGGACGAAUCGUCUGGUCCUUUGGGGGAGGAGACAAUGGUAAACUGGGACAUGGGGACACAAAUCGUGUGUACAGGCCUAAAGUUAUUGAAGCCCUACAUGGCUUCAUUAUCAGAAAAGUGUGUGCUGGGAGCCAGUCGUCACUGGCUUUGACAUCUGCUGGCCAGGUGUUUGCGUGGGGCUGUGGCUCAUGCCUCGGCUGCGGCUCGUCUGAGACCACCUCACUCAGACCUCGACUGAUAGAGGAGCUCAGUAUCACAAAAAUCAUAGACAUUUCCUGUGGAGACAGCCAUUGUCUCGCUCUGUCUCACGAAAACGAGGUGUUUGCUUGGGGCAACAAUGCCAUGGGGCAGUGUGGGCAGGGCCAUACCUCAACGCCAGUCACCAAACCCAAGAAAGUGAUUGGUUUAGAAGGGGUGUCAAUACAGCAGAUUACUGCAGGCACCUCCCACAGCUUGGCCUGGACAGCGGUUCCCACUGACAGGCAGCUGGUGGCUUGGCACAGGCCGUUUUGUGUGGAUCUAGAGGAGAGCACGUUUACAUACCUGCGCAGUUUCCUGGAGCGUUACUGCGAUCGUAUCAGUGGGGACACACCACCUGCACCUUUCCCCUCUAAGAGGGAACAUCACCAGUUUGUGUUGCUGUGUAUGAAACUCUUGUCCAUCCACCUGUCAUUGGCCCACGCAGGGGGAACGGGGGCCACAGUGCUGGGUGCUCAGGGUCGGCCCCUCAGGAACCUGCUCUUCAGACUCAUCGACUCUAAUGUACCAGACUCCAUACAACAGGCGGUAAUGAGCACGCUGUCCAUCGGAGCAUCUCUGUUGCUGCCUCCUCUCAGAGAGAGAACGGAGCUGCUACACUCGCUGUUACCUCAGGGUCCAGAGAGCUGGGAAAGCCUCUCUAAAGGACAGCGUCUACAGCUGGACAUGGUGCUGAACAGCCUGCAGGAACAGAGUCACGUGGCAUCCCUGCUGGGAUACAGCUCACCUGGGGAGUUGAGCGCAGGACUGGCACUGCCGCCCACCCCUGACCGCCCCACAGGAAGUGUUAGCUCAGGCUCAGAAGCUCCAGACCAACUCCACCUGGCUGAAGUGCUCCUGAAGACCUUGCUGCUCAGCAUCGGCUUCUAUACAGAGCGAGCGUUUGGCGAACUGGAGAAGAACAGUGAUAAACAGCAGUUCAGUCAGUCCCAGAAACAGACGGAGGCUCCAUCACACUUCCACCACUUACUGUCAGCCCUUCACAGACACCUGCUGGCCCACUGCUACAUCCACACAGGCGCUGAGGAUGACAUUAGUGUGGUGCUGCUCCAUAAACACCUGUGCCUGCUGCUGCCUUACGCAGCCGAGACCUUCAGGAGAUCCACUAUUCUGCUGGAGGAGAGCACACUGGACAAACAUGUCAUCGAGAAACUACACACUGUGCUGUUUGGUUCGGUGGCGGGCAGUCUUCUGUGUCAGGUGAUGUACUCGCUGCUCCUGCUGCCAUUGGCUGUGGUCAAACCCCUUCUUCCUCACCUGCUCACUCUGCUUGAACAUCUCAAUGAGCUCAACUGUUACCUGCCCAACACUGCUCACCUGGAGGACAUGGAGCUGGAAGGAACCUCAGAAGAAGCAUCUGAAACCUCUGAGCCAAUCACAGUGCCAGAGUCAGAAGACUGGGCGUGGCUACUAGACCUGGAGAGGUCUUUAGCUCUUGCCAUUGGCCGAUGCCUGGGAGGUAUGCUUCAGGGCCCGCCCCCUUCCAUCCAGGAGAAGACCGCAGAGUUCUGGCUGUGUAACCCGCUCCUGAGAAACGGGCUGGAGAUAGACUUUGAACAGCUGGACUGGGCAAUGGGUUGGCUGACUGAGGCCGUGUUCAUGGGUUGUGGAGAUGUAAGACUAGCUGAGCUGCGGCUGUCGGAAGAGAACACAACGUUCGUGGAACUCGCUCUUGGCUCCCUACGAGAACCUGCCAGCGCCCUCUGGAGGAAGAUGAAGGAGUAUGCAGCGAGUCGAGACUGGGACAAUGGUGGAUCAGUGGGAGACUCUCUGUUAGAGACGGCGUGUCGCUGUAGUUUGGCUGCUCUGCUCAAACAUGCCGGCCUUCAUGAAGCCUACUGGCAGGAUAAAUAUGAGCCCUGUGAGGUGCUGAUUGAAAUAUAUCAGGUGGUGUAUAAAAUCCGCAGCAUUCUGCUGUCUUAUAAAGAGAGCGUAGGAAACACAACCAGCGUCCAAACAACUACCAUCAAACAGGCUUCAUUGGGCUCUCAGAGUCCCAUUGAGGAGAGGCAGGAUGCGGGCAGUUCUGGAGAGCAGACAGGAAGAGACCCAGAUCCUAGCAGCCAGUCACCCCACACAGCCGAACACAACCAGGACGAUCCCUUAGAGGAGGAAACGCCCAGCAUCAGCAGUAUGUACCUGCCGGAGGUGCUGCAGUGUUUCCUGGCCACCCGUGAGGCCAUGCAGCUCCAACAGAACGAGACUGUGUACGAGUCGUCUGGCACUAGCACGUUACCCAGCAGCACUGAGAGCCCUGGGACGCCAGACAGGGAGCCCCCCCAGCGUCCCUGGGACCACCACGGCAUCAGCGACCAAGGCUUGUCCUUCCCAGCAGCCUGCCACCUGCUGGUCUCACGCUGCCUUUUCCUGCUGCUGGGUGUCCGAGCUGCUUGGCAGGAGGAGAGUGUGUCGUCACAGACGCCCACUGAAAGCAGCUUGGCCAGAUCUCCACCCUACUGUGAGGCGUUAGGAUCAAAGAUGGAGUUACACUCAUCUUCUGAGAGAAGAUUCAGUGAGAGAGAGACACCAGAUGAAUCUAAAAGCUACUCAGGGUCAUUCAAAAAUAAAAUUGGCCUUCCACUCUGUUCUUUGGGCAUCAUGAAAGAUGCCUGGGAGCGACUGCGACAGUGCAUCAGUCCCACUACUGUGCUGUGCCCGGCCGGAGGUGGCACACCCAUCCUGGGCCAGGUCUUCCAUUUCCUGUGUAGGAGCAUCCUUCGAACCUCUUCUCUGGUGGACAAAGAUGGAGGUGCACAUGUGGAUCCCAAAGCCAUCACCAUAGCCAUGGCACAGCAACACCAAAGAGCUCAGGUUCGUUUGGAGGCCUUGUGCCAGAUUUCCUCCUUCCUGUCAGAGAUGGAGGAAAAGAGCGUCAGCUCUCUGGCGCCUCCUCGUUUUCCAGGCCUCUUGCAGUCAGUGCAGCUGCAGUUCCUCUCUGGCUGCUUUGGUCUGGGAGACCCGAUCACGGGCAGUCUAGCGGCACCUAACAACAAGAUUCACCAUUACACCGCCGGGACACAGUCGGCUCCUGUCAGUGUUCAGAGGGAGUUACAGUCUGCAGCUCACACGCUGUACCAGCAACUGGUGCGUGUGCUCCGACAGAAAGUGGUGCUAGAGAGAGAACAGGCUGCCUCUUAUCAGCACCUGCUGUUAGCUACAGUCUUCGCUCUGAACUUCCACUAUCAGCCGGUGGAUCUGGUGGUGAUUAUUAAAUGUGGCGUCCUGGAGAUCUUGUCCACUCUGACUGAUAACACCUGUGUGCUGGUGAACCAGCGCUGGCUGGCCGCCUCCAUGUCCGGUCACAUGCAGCUCGGUGGGGCGGUGAAGCUGGCCGCUGCCAGACUCCUGCAGAUAUUUGCCAUAGCGGCCAGUUCCUGUGAAGAGGCCUUGCCAUUGGAAGUGUCCCAGGCUCUCAUGGAUGUAAUGAGCGAGCAGCUGCAGGGAUUGUUACACGCAGUCCAGCAGCAGGAGGUGCUAGAGAGGGAUUCCACAGAGCACAUCCAUGAAGAACCUUCCAAACAAGAAAGUGGAGACGUAGUUCGUAGCAGCAGGGUUGUGGAGUCCCAGCUCGCUGACUUUCUAGUCUUCCUAAGACGCAUUUUGUCUUUAAGGGUUGCCAAAAGAGUCUCUGCGUUUGUCAAGUGGAUUGAUCCACUGAUGACAAUAAUCUCGUACAAAUGCAACUCUGAAAACCCGCGCUUUCACAACCUGCGGACGAAGCUGCUGGCCUUCCAUAUUCUGGAAGCUCUUCUCCCUGCCUGUUCAGACCCUGUUGUCAUGAAACAGAUUGUUGAUCAGUUAUUUAGCCUUUUGUCCACAUACAUGUGGGAGGAACCUUUGGCCCUGAGGAAAAACGUAGAAAAAGAGAGAACUUCGGAGAACUCUGAUAGGGACAGCGGAAGUGAAGAUGAAUGUAUUCCUAUUGGUGAUUUCUCUUUCGACCCUCAUAAACUGAUCUGUUGUUCUCUGGAGAGCGGGAAUGUACUCUCGCAUGGCUCUGGGGGGAAGGGGUAUGGUUUGGCCACCACUGCUAUCACAUCUGGAUGCUUCAUCUGGAAGUUUUAUAUCACUAAGGAGAACAGGGGAAAUGAAGGGACAUGUAUCGGAGUGUCCCGAUGGCCCAUCCGGGACUACAACCAUCGCACCACCACAGACAUGUGGCUGUACCGGGCCUACAGCGGAAGCCUGUAUCACGGAGGAGAGCUGGGCCGAGCUCUGCCCUCCUUCACCCAGGGCGACACCAUCACCUGCAUCCUAGACAUGGAGGCCAGAACCAUCUCUUUCGCCAAAAACAACAGGGAGUCCAAGCUAGCGUUUGAAGGAGUGGAUGCCACAGAGCUCUACCCCUGUGUUCUUUUCUACAGCAGCAACCCAGGAGAAAAGGUGGCACUAUGUGACCUGCAGAUGCGUGGCAUGCCCAGCGAUCUUCUGCCAGGAGAGCCCUUGUGUAGCCCGAGGGCCACGGUUCUGCUGGAGUCCACCAUUCAGCUGCUGAGACGACUGUAUGUGAACGAUGACUGGGUUCUACAUAUCAACCAGCACAUGCUGAACAAACUACAGCUCAUCAACCCUGUCACGAGAGAGGGACAAGGCAAGAUAGCAGGUCAUGUCAGUAAGGAGUCUGAUGAGAAAUGUGGGGUGAACAGAGAGCGGGGCUCUGCUUGGGCAGAUGUCGGGACGUCGACGGACCACCUCUCUGGCCCAGCGGGGCUCUCUGACGCCCAGCUCAGCGUGUUGUGCACUGAAGUCUGGCCCGUCAUGGCCCUGAUCGGAGGGGUGGACAGCGGUCUCCGUGCUGGAGGGGCCUGUCUGCACAAACCCAGCGGUCGACCGGCGACUCUGCUCGGGGUCUUGAAAGAGGGAAGCCCCUUGGCUAAGCUUCAGUGGGAGGAGACCGAUUUUACUGUGAGCUUCCUGAAUUCUUGGUCACCCAGCGACACACCUCUCUCCUCCCUGGAGCCGUGUGACGUCCCCCAGCUGGACAUGUCCCGCUGCCGUGGCCUCAAGCCAUCCGUGUUGUUCGACCUCCUCCUGAUGACCGGCAUCUUAGAAGAGCAGGAGCCUCCUUCUGGAUUAGCCCAAACAUCUGGAUUGCCACGAAACCGAAUCAGCUCUGAGGGCGGCCCACGUAGCGAGCUGGAGAGACGUUUGGAUGAGGACAUUGUUCGUAUUAUGAUGGACGAAGAGGGAACGAGCUGUCCGGUGGAAGAGGACAGAAAUAAUGUGGAAGAGAGGAGAGCUGAGAACCAAGAUGACACGCUCAGAUCCCUCAUACAGUCAAACGAGGAGCGUGUUGGCGCCCCCUGUCCACCAUUACUUGCACCACAACCCAGAGUGGACUUCUUUGCUUUGGAACUGCGAGCAGUCCGCAUUUCCUACCUCCUUUUGGGGGCGCUAAAAUCUCUAGCUGUCAUUCUGAGCUGCGGGAAGUUCACCGAUCUCCUCCUGGUUCCCAGAUCAGAUGCAGGGGUCAGUGUAAGUAGCCCCGACCCAGCGAGAGCCUCUGCUGGUGCGGAGGAGAACGCCGAGCUGCGCUCUGUGCUGCAGUUUGUGGUGCGGAGCAUGGUGAAGUGGGCCGUCAGAUCCUGUCCAAUCAAACAGGCCAUGGCUUUAUCAGACCUCGAGAGGGCCCAGAUCAUCAUCUUUAAAGGAGCGCUGAACAGACUGCACGAGGAUGGAAGCAAAGAACACAAAGAUUCAGGAGGUCACUCGUCCUCUCAACCCGUGUCCAAAUCCUCCAGUUCAGUCUCGCUUUACAGCAACGGCUCUGAAGGCACCGCCAUCUUCGGCCAAUCAGCUUCACCCUCCACCAAUGACCUCACAUCCUCGCUCCUCACCGCCCUGCAGGCUGAUGGCCUGGAGAACUUUAACCCUUUUCUUCCCAUCAGCCUGCUACAGCGGAUGGUGCUGGCACGGUUUCCCACAUUGGCAGGUCUCGUCCACAGUCCGGUUCUGCCCCCCGGGCUCAGCCUGACGAGCUCGGCCUCCUGUGAGGGCUUCACUGAGCAGCAGACCAGCUUCCUGGAGCCCUGCGGUCAGACCAGGACCCCCGUGGAACAGCCCCAAAUGUUUGUCCCAGUGCGCUUGCUUGAGAUGGGCUUCUCAAUGAGACACAUCUACAGGGCCAUGGAGGCAGCAGGGGUCACUGGAGAGAUGGACUCACGCACCAUCGAGGUGCUGGCCAGCUGGAUGCUGGAACAUCCCAUCACAGGAGAGGGCUCAUCUGUAGGGGGCGCCACUGAUACGUCCUCAUCUGAAGGGCCAGAGACGGUCCAGUGCCCUGAGUCUCCAGCUCCUCUCACCCUACAGGAGAGCAGAGAACCCUGCGAGAGUCUGUUGGCAGGUUUGGACUUGGUGGAGAGAGAGAACUUCUUAGAUGUUCACCUCACCAGGAACAGACCCCCACCUGCACGGAGGCAGCGGUCCGGAGUAACUCAGAGAACAUCUUUCAGGAGAGCCGACUCCCCGUCGCCCAGUCCUGUCCCACCGCUGUACGCACAGGACGUGGGAGUGGCAGAGUGGCCAGAGCGGGCCGAAACGCACCCGUUUGCUGCUGAAGACGACUCCGAGCUGGGCUACAUGGAUGAUCCGUACCAGGAAGAGCCGUAUGAGGAGCUGCUCACCCCAGAGUUCAUCACCUCUGAGAGGGACACGCUGUGGAUGGUAGAGGGAAGAGAUGAGCCCCCGGAUCCUCAUGAGAUGGUGGAGUGUGAGCUGUGUAACACACUCACCCUGCAGUUCAACAACCACAUGAAGCGUCACCACCCGGGCUGCGGUCAGAGCGCCGGUCGCCGUGGUUACCGCAGCAACGGAGCCUACGUGGACGGCUGGUUCGGAGGGGAAUGCGGAUCAGGCAGCCCGUACUACCUCCUGUGCACUGCAUGCAGGGAAAAGUACCUAGCCUCAAACCUGGGGGUUAUGAGCUCCAAACAGGACAGCGCAAGAGGUUUGGCGUCUGAUCUGAUUGGUCAGUUAGAUGGUACAUCAGAAGAUGAAUGGGAUCUAGGUAACCAGGAAGACUCGGAUUCAGACAGGCUUACAGGUUUGGAGGACUUUGGGAUUCUUCUGAGGCCUUUGGGUCUGAGUGAGAAGAAGCCCGUGCCCAACCCAAUCCCCUUCACUGAACACGACCCGCUCGGAGCCCUUGUUAGUGGUUCGGUCAGCGGCGCCAACAACCUGCUCUACAAAGGUGUUGUCAGCACCGAGCUGAAGAGCUCCUCGGUUCCUCUGAGUCUCGGGGAGCAGGCAGCAUCCCUGCGGGAGCCCCAGGAGAGACUGUUGGCUCUGAGGAGAGUCACCUCCACCGCUCAGAUCCUGCUGGCCUACAGUAUAGUGAUAAGAGCGCUCUCACAGACGUCCACCAGUUGUUCAGUGUGUAAUCAGUCCAGUGGUCUGGAGGCUCUGGGUCUGGCUGACAUCCGUAUCCUGGUGCGGCUGAUGUGUCUGGCAGCGGGGGGGCGUGUCCACACAGGCGUGGGCCAGCAGGGAAUCGGGCGUGGCUCUGUGAAUGAUCGCACAGGCUCCGCCUUCCUAUCUUUCCUCAGCUCUGCUAUCGGCAGUUUAGUGUCUCACAGUCCUGCUGCCUACAGAGAGUUAGUGGACAUCUGCACUCAGGAUCUCAUGGCAGCAGCUACAGGGAUGAACAUUAGCGCUAUCACCGAUCCGCAGCAGAGGAUGAGGCAAAGCUCCGCCCUCAAGGGGGCGCCACAGGAGCUGAGAGAACUGACCCCGCCCACCUUCCUGGUCACACAGAGUCUGGUGUCCCUCCUGACGGAGAAAGGCGUUCGAUACCGUUAUAAUGUGCAAAGAAGCGAUUCCACUGAAUCAAAGGAAGGCGGAAGCCCUCCACCCUCAGGUCCCCCUCACUCUCAAGCGGGAGUGCGGGUCGGGCCGCUGGAGCUGGCUAAUGCGCUCGCUGCCUGUGCCCUGUCGGCCAGGCUGACCAGCAGACACCGACAGUGGGCGGCACAACAGCUGGUCCAGGCCUUGGCGGUCUCUGAGAAAGACAACCCUGUCAGACCCCAGACAUACAGCGACAUGGCUGGAGAUCUGCGCAAGUGUCCCAUCAAGAAGCUGGAAGGACAUCUGAACAGGGUGAGCAGCUGCAGCUGGAAUUCAGAACAAGGUCUGUUGGCCACCGGCUCACAGGACGGAACUGUUCGACUGUGGGCCGUAACGCCGAACACAGCAGAACUGCAGCACACACACACCUGCAGCGUCAGUGAGGAUGCUCAGAGCUCAGAUGGUUCAAUGGGAUCUCAUCUGCUGUCCGCCGUAUCGUGGAGCGCAGGGGGAACUCUACUGGCCGCCUUCCAGAACAAACUCAUCAACAUCUGGACUGUCAAUGGUACUCAGGCACACAUCGAGGCUCAGUCCUCCUGGGUCACUGCACUCUCGUGGGUUCAGACCUCCACUCCGUUCCUCAGUCCUGAAGCCUGCAGCCAGGUCAGCGCUCCUGAGAGUCUGCUGGUGGGCCGGCUGGAUGGCUCCCUCUGCUGGCUGGAGGUCACAGACGACUUGAGGGUGGAGCGAACAGAGCUCACUCACUGCUACAGGAAAGAAGCACCUCAGUGUCUGGCCUGGUACAGUGUUGAAAAACCCUUUGCCGUGGGCUACCCCGAUGGCAAAAUUCUACUAGCAACAGCUGAGAGCUACGAAAUCGAGCCGCCUGUUCUGCUAACAGCAUUUCCUGAGAGUGUGAGUGCGCUCCGGUGGGACCCUACCGGUCAUCUGCUGCUGUCUGUGGGCCGCUCUGAGGUGGUGAAGAUCUGGGGUCGUGCCAGCGGUGCGUGGGUCACCCUCCACUCUCUGUUCCACAUGGGCACAGUCAACACGGCCGAAUGGUGCCCUCUGCCCGGCAGAGGACCGGAGCCUCGUCUUAUGAUGGCAGUUGGAUGUCAAAAUGGCCUCCUGUAUGUGUGGACUCUUCCUCAAGGGGGCACUAAUGUCUCAGCGCCCAAUUUCCUCACCCCUUCUACCAGCCAAGACAAGAGCAAUGCCAUCAAGCGGGGCAAUGCUAAAUGUGUGUUCCGCCUGAGUGGGCACAUUACGGCGGUAAAGACCCUGUCCUUUUGUCCCAGUGGACUUGCACUGGUGUCUGGAGGAAUCGGAGGGGUGCUCAACAUCUGGUCUCUCAGGGAUGGUUCAGUCCUGCAGACUGUGGUUACAGGAAUGGGCUCUGUGGUUUGUACCACCUGGAUCCCACACAUAGGGGUGACCGCUUGUUCUGGUAGAUCAAAGGAUGUUUUGCUUAUUCGCUGUACCCCAGACUGGAUCUCUCAGAAUCACGUUCUGGCCUCCUGCCGUUCCGUUCUACGCAGUCAGGGCAUUCUGGGAUUGAAUCGUGCCCCCUGCAUGGCCGUCUUUCUUGAGCGCCUUCCCACAUUGCUUCAGGAGCAGUACAGCUAUGAGAAGAGUCAUGUGAUGGCAGGCGAUCAGUUGACCCACAGUGCCUUUCUUCAGAGUCUGGCCGCUCUGGCCGUGGGUCUCUUCUUGGAUCAGUUACUGUGCCAUCAGCCCAGGCCGCCUCACCACAGCGGGACAGAGCUGGAUCAGGACGGGGCCCCUGGAUCCUUCUGCCCCUCAGAGUGGAACUGGCUUUCCAUCUAUUCAACCACAGUGAAGAGCGCAGAGGCGUUUGCUCGUGGCACCGCCUUCCCAGAAUCCUUCAUUGCACCUGAAUUCCACCAUUCUGGAUCCACGGAGUUGACCAAACCAUUGGACAACAGUAAAUGGACCUUCAUGAUGGAUGAACAGCUCAUGUCCUGGGCGACCAGCAGACCUGAAGACUGGCAGCAGGGUGGUAAAAGUGAGGUGUAUUUGUGGGGUAAUGGACGUCACGGGCAGCUGGCGGAUGCUGGGACCAGCGCGUCUGUGCCCACACUCGCUCCCUCUCUCUCGCAGACUCAACAGGUUGUGUGUGGUCAGAACUGCACGUUCCUGGUUCAGGCUAAUGGUACGGUUCUGGCAGUAGGGGAGGGCAGUUACGGUCGACUCGGACAGGGUAACUCAGACGACCUCUACACCCCAACCAUCAUCUCAGCUUUACAAGGCUAUGUAGUGACUCAGCUGGUGACAUCAUAUGGGUCUGAUGGCCACUCAUUGGCUCUCACUGAGACCGGAGAGGUGUUCAGCUGGGGUGAUGGGGAUUAUGGGAAACUCGGCCACGGGAACAGUGAAAGGCAAAGGCGACCUAAACAGAUCGAGGCUCUGCAGGGAGAGGAAGUGGUGCAGUUGGCGUGUGGGUUCAAACACUCAGCUGUCAUCACAGCAGACGGAAAACUCUUCACCUUUGGCAGUGGAGAUUCUGGACGCUUGGGUCAGAGGUCAACUUCAAACAAGAUGGUCCCAGAGAGAGUGACAGCACUGGAUGGGUACCACAUUGGACAGGUGUCAUGUGGCAUCAAUCAUACUUUGGUCCUGUCAUCAGACGGCCUGAGUGUGUGGGCUUUCGGAGACGGUGAUUAUGGUAAACUGGGUAUUGGACCAUGUACAGUGAAAUGCUACCCACAGGUACAGUCUUACUGAUCGAUUAG